GCACUCCGGUCCUUAUUAACUUCUUCAAGAUCAAGGCUUUUGGAAAUUAUGGCACAAAAUAAUGAAGGGGGGGGGGGGGGGGGAAUUAUUAUAUUUUUAUCGGAAAUGGGAAAGAAAACGGAGCUGGAAAGGGGGAUAAAAGUAAAACACUGGGAAAAUUGAAAUUUACUCAACGACCCCAGAAAGGAUGAAUGACUCACUGAACUGAAGACUCCAUUUGACCAUUUUGUGUCAACUUCCAUGGUCUACCGCCUGUUUUGCCUUUUGAAAAUCCUACAUCUUGUACUAGUAAUGCUAUGAGAAGAGGUAGUUGGAUCUUUGAUGAUCGAUUAAGGCUGGAAUUGGAUGAAUGUAGGAAGAAAAUGGACCCAGACGGCGAUCCACUGGGCCUUCCUGGAAAGCCAAUGGGCGUUAGUGGGUCCAAAGAAAGCGUAUCACAAACUGGGCCUCCUUCCUGAGAAGGAAAAAGAAAAGCGAAAAGGAACUCGCCCAGUUGAAGCGGGAGCGACUGAGACCAGGCGAUUAUCGGGCGAAGCUGAUUUCCACUUUCCAGUUCAAAGAAUUCGUGCCGCUCGGUCGUCCGCCAGUGGAAGUCGGAAACUCCUGCGGCAUAGAAGAGAGCAAUGGAUAAGAAGAAGGCGUUCUACAGAGCUAAAUUGAAUGCUCAGAAGAAGGACAAACGAAUCGAUUCUCCUCUCGUCAGGUAUAAUGAAUCCGAUCAACCAGUUUGUAGGGUUUGCAAUCUUGUUUUGAAGGAGUCUCAGUGGGAUGCACAUCAAGCUUCUCGCAAACAUCGUGAGGCGAUAGAUAAUCUGAAGGCUAAUGCAGCUCGAAAGACCGACACAACCAAUUCAGAGCCUGUACCUCGUGUUGAAUCAAACAGAUCUGCAUCCGCAAACAAUGCAGAGUUGCAUGCUGCUACUGUGCAAGCUGAGCCACCAACAAAAGUGUCAAAGCCACAGUCGUCAUCUGCACUCCCUCCGGGUUUUUUUGACAAUAAUGGGACCAAGGCACACAAAACUGAUCCACAAACAAAGUUGGGUGGCUCUCUUAAACCGAAGAAAGUCGAGUCUCUUGUGGAAGAUAAAUCAGAAGCUUUACCUACUGUUAGUGGUUCACAACAGCUAACUGCUGAGGAAGGUAGGGCUUAUGUACAGACACAAACAAAUGCCACUGAUACAGAAAUCAAGCAGGUGAAGGGGUCUCUUCCUGAAGGUUUCUUUGACAACAAGGAAGCUGAUUUACAUGCUCGUGGGAUAAAGAUUGUCAAGCCUGAUGUUAAUGAUGAGUAUAAAGAAUUUGAGAAACUGAUCCAAGAAGACGUGCGGGAGGUUGAUGACCGCUUGGAGGAAGAGGAGUUCGACGCUGCUGAAAAGAUUGAAGAAGCCGAGUCUGUUGAGCAGAAGGUCUAUAUGCAAAAGGUGGAACAAUUGAAGAGGAAGAAAAUGGAGCUGAUGGCUGCCAAGUCAGCCAAACGUGUCAAAGGCAGGGAUUCUCAGGUUGCCAAGAAGGGAUCCACCAAUGAGGACACAUCCAGUGACAGUGACGAUGAUGAAGAUUUCACGGUCGAUUGGAGGGCUCAACAUUUAUGAAGAAAGAUUUAGAUCAAGUGAUUUUUCACGGGUAGCCUAGCAUAACUGUUUCCUUCUUUAGCCAAGACAAGUAACGCUACUUGCACCAAGCUGACUUGCUCCCCCUGGCAACAGGUGGUUCUCAACUGUUAGAGCAUUUCAUUUUCUUGGGAAACUCUGUCAUGCACUCAUGCUGAAGUAUCGUUGCGUUAUUUGAAGGUACAUUUCUUCUUUUUCCCUCGGUUGUGAACCACGUUACCUACUAACAUAGACUAGCUGCCUGCCUUUUGUUACUAAUGAGCCAAAAAUGAGAGAAAAGAGUGCACUUUUUUGUUACAGCACUCCCAAAAGUUUGAUUCUCUAUUAACGAGAUAAGGAAUUGGAUAAUGUAAUUAUAUCGAGGUGUUUUGUUAGUUGUAUGCAGGAAAAGAUGAUUAAAGAUUUAGAAACACAUCAUGCCAUGGGGCCUGAACCCGUGUGUGACAAGGUGCAAGGUGAGUCAUCAAUUUUGUAGUGAGCUUCAGGUAAUGGUGUGCACUUCACUUAAUUAUUAUUAAUUAGCUGCAACUCAACUAGCCAGAAUUCUGAGAGGAAAUGGUUCAGUACUCGUAUUGGCUUUCCUAGACUGGACUGGUGUGCAUCACUUUUCCACUAGGGCAUGGAGAUUGUGACUGUUAGUCUGUUACGUUAUCUUGGCUUCACCCUCCUUAAGUGUGGUCCAAUCCAAUGUUUGAUGAUCAUGGUUUUAAGCUAGAACCCGAGUUGUGUGUCUUGAGUUAAUUAUGACGGAGUCGGAACUAUGAUCGAGUCAUAGAUUGUGGUAAUCAAAGUUUACUCUCGUUCGGAGAGUCAGAGUUGUGAUCAAAUCAUAGAUUAUGGUAAUUAGAAUUUAUCCUCUCUCUCGGGGUCUUAGGCGGAAAAACUCGGACGUCUGAGUUAUAAUCGAGUCAGAUAUCAUGGUAAUCAAAAUUUACCCUCGCCUGAGUACUUCGUCAUAGGAAACAAACUUCAUUGUCUAUUCAGUUUAGGAAAAGUCAAUCCCAUAAGUUCAGGCAGCCCCUAGAACAGUGCGGAACAUAGGAUUGGAGGUGGUGGUGAGUCAUGUCCUAGUCAGCUAGCUUAAGUUCUUUCCUAGGUAACAUAUAUAUUAUUAUAAUCACACAUUAAACCCCACGAAUCUUCGAUUCAAGAGUGUACUGUACACAAUUUCCCAAGUCAUCAAGUGGAUGUUUGACGUCAAAGUCAGAAACUAACAUCGCAAACACUUGGAUGUUUUUUUUAUUAUCCAGUCUACUUGGAUCGAGGAAGCAUGUUGUUAGGAAACCUUUUAAAAAAACCUAUGGUUCUCAUCUGCAUGGUUCUCAUCUGCCUAUUAGGAUAGAUGGCAUUGCUUAUCACACAGACUAAUUUAGUAUAUUAACCUCCUAAUGCGAAUUGUUUAUCUCUAGUUUGGGCAAAAGCUGCUUAUCUUCACUCCUAAUGCGAAUUGUUUAUCAAGUCUACUGCCAACGAAUACUACUACUGUACAGUACUAAUGACAAGUCCAUAUUCAUGUAUUAAAAUUUCGGUCUAUUUUGGUUACUAAUGGUAAGUAUAUGUUAUUGAUGACUCACAUGUCAGGGAUUCACAUAUAUGUUGUGAAUCCUGCGUUUUACCUCUCAACAUGGGUCUCAUUAAUAAAACUCAGUCUUAACA